GUGGAGCUGAGGUGCGUGGCAUGGUGGGCUGGGGUGGCUCUAGUGCGUUCGAUGUAACAGCACAGAGGCUGUGGUCCAUCAGUCUGGGAAAGAUGUCAACAGACCAGGGUUACUGGAACAACCUGACAACCCUGCAGAAAAUCGCUCUGGCCCUCGGGAUCCCAGCCAGCGCAACCGUCAUGUACAUCUUGUACCGCAGGUACAGAGAAAGCCGAGAGGAGCGGCUGACGUUCGUAGGAGAGGAUGACAUUGAAAUUGAGAUGAAGAUCCCCCAGGAGGCUGUGAAAUUGAUCAUUGGACGGCAGGGCGCCAGUAUCAAACAGCUGAGGAAGGAGACCGGCGCUCGCAUCGAUGUGGAAGCGGAGGACUCCGGUGAGGAGCGGGUGCUGCUGAUCAGUGGCUUCCCCGUCCAGGUGUGCCGAGCGAAAGCGGCUAUUCACCAGAUCCUGGUGGACAACGCCCCCGUGUCGGAGCAGUUCUUUGUGCCGCAGAGAGCCGUCGGCAGGAUUAUCGGCAGAGGUGGCGAGACGGUGCGAGCCAUCUGCCGCAGCUCGGGGGCCAGAGUGGUCUGUGAGAAGGAGACGGACAACGCCCUGUGUCUGACCCGGCUCAUCAGCCUCUCGGGGACCCGCAAGGAGGUGACUGCUGCCAAGCAACUGAUCCUGGAAAAGCUUUCGGAGGACGACGCGUUUCGAAAGAAACUGGCCCUGUCGGCGGCGGCCCGGUGCCUGCGCAAGCAGCCCUUGGGCGUGAGGAGAGAGGAUCCCGGGCAGCAGGGGGAGCUGCCGCGCUCCAAUGGCGAGGCCCUCUGCCAGCUGGCGAGCCCUCUGCAAGGGGCAGGGGAUGGAGGCCGGCUGGCCGCAGAAGUCCUGGACCAACCACAGGAGCUCAGAGCCGAGAGCGAGUCCCUGGAGGAGCCGGUGAUGGAGCCCAGCCCGGCAGUGCCCAUGUUCGAGGUCCCCAGCCCCGACUUCAGCUUCCACGCGGAUGAACACCUGGAGGUUUACGUCUCGGCCUCGGAGAACCCCAGUCACUUCUGGAUCCAGAUUGUCGGCUCCCGCAGCCUGCAGCUCGACAAGCUGACCGGCGAGAUGUCCCAGUACUACGGGAGCAGCAGCCAGUCGCCCGAAUUCCCCAACGUCCGGGUAGGCGACAUCGUGGCUGCCCCGUAUGCCGAUCACGGCGCCUGGUACCGGGCCCGAGUCCUGGGCACCCUGGAGAACGGCAACUUGGAUCUGUAUUAUGUCGACUUCGGGGAUAACGGGGAAGCCCCGCUAGAGGCACUGCGAGCCUUGCGGAGCGACUUCCUGAGUCUGCCCUUUCAGGCCAUCGAGUGCAGCCUUGCUGGGAUCGCCCCUGCGGGGGAGCAGUGGGAAGAGGACGCCCUGGACGAGUUCGAUCACCUCACAUGUUGUGCCGAGUGGAAGCCCCUGCUGGCGAAGAUUUCCAGUUACGUCCAGUCUGGGGUCUGUACCUGGCCGCACAUCCAGCUGUACGACACCAGCCACGGACAGAGCCUCGAUAUAGGGGAGGAGCUGGUCCGGCUGGGUCAUGCUGUGCGGUGUCCGCAAGAGGAGGCCGAUGCUGCGGGGGACGGCGCCCCCCACCUGGGGAAGGAGGCCACGGCCGAGGCGUUCCAGAAGAUGCUGGGGAAUGCUGCAGGGACCUCCCUCGAGAGCCUCCUGUCAGAGACCUGCGUCAGCCUUUCAGAUGACUCCAUUGAGCAGCUCCGAAGUGACACCGAGCCCACAGAACCACCCUCCCAGAAGACUGUCAUGCCCACACUCUGGUCCCUACGGAUCUCGGCUCCCUCCUGCCCUCUGGGGGACUCCGAGGCUCUCGCCUUGCCAGCUGGCGGUGAGAAGCAGAAUGGCUCAGGGGGCUGCAGCAGCGAGGGGGCGUCGGAGGCUGGGGGGUCUCUGCGGGCCACCGGGAGCCAUGCAGCAGAUGCCACAUGGACGUCCAGUCCUGCUGAUUGCCCGCAUCCCGCAGCCUGCUCGGGAGAGGCCUCUCCCAUCUCCCUCUCAGGCAAAGGCUCCAGCACCUCAAACGCCAGCUUCCCUACCACCCUGGCCUCUGGGGACAGCAGCUGCUACUCCCCCCGCGGCUACUUCUAUUACCUCUCCACUUCAGAAGAGUGGUCCAACUCCUCGGUCUUCUGCAGCGGCUCGGGCUCUGCCGGCGAUUCCCUCCAAAGCCCCGUCCUCAUCCGCUCCUCUGACAGCGAGGGAGAGGAGGAAGGGGGACUGAGGGCCCGGAGGAGAGAAGCCGCGUCUAUGUCUGGAAGUGGCGACGACGUUCUUCUGGUCGAAGACGAUUCGCUGUGACCCCUUCCCCGAGCGGCAGCGAGCCUGAGGCGUCGCGGAGGGGGGAGGUUGGUGCCUGGAUUGAGACGACCAUGAGGACUCCCCGACGGGGGCGGGGGAAUAAAAUACUGCGGGAAAGUGGAAGGAGAGACCACGGCCAUUGGGGACCCAUCCCCUUUCUCCGGGUCCAGAAACGACGGGUUUGCAUCGUAACCUCGUCUGUGAGCAUGUGUGUUUGGGGCGGGGGCUGCACCGCAUCGAGUGCACGUUGCUGGCUCCCUGCAGCAGGGACCUGAUGCCGGCUGUUGUGGGACUGCCUUGGGGGCUCUCUGGGAUGUGGGGGACUGGGAUGGGGAGUGGGUGUUUUCGUUGCAUUUGGAGGGUGCUGAUUCUAGAGAUUCUGGAGCUAACUGCCAGCAUCUGUCGAGUCAGACGCCAGGGUUCCAGCUGUGUGGUUCUGUGGCACUCCCAAGGGAUCACGGUCUGCGGAAUACAGGUAUUCCGGGGGUAGCUGUCCUGCAGUCCCCUUCUAUCCCCAGUUGACAGCUGCUGGGCUGUCCUGGUGUAGAACCAAAGUAACGGCACUGACUGCAUUUGGGUUUCUCUAUAGCCGCUGGUGUAAUGAGAGCAGGAUCAAGCCCCCUGGUCCCCACUUCCUUCUGAACAGCUGAGCCCCUCCUUCCCCUGACUGGUGGGAGGUCCCCACUCGCUCUCCUGCGGGCCAUUCGGCUGGGUUGCGCUUGCUCUGUUGUGAGUCAAGGCUGACUUCGGUUUUGGUUUAAAUCUUGGCGCAAGGCGCCUGCACCAAAGACUCCGCUCUGCCGUCCUUCCCGCUGCAGGGGCGAGGGAGACACUGGCGCUCUGGUGACGUGACUGGAUGGGCUUUUUCUGCUGCAGAAACGGGGCCGGAGGACGGUUGUGAUGCCCCCCUUCCCCCAGUGCCACCCCCAGCUUUGACAGCACUUGCUUUACUAAAAUAAAAAGUUAUGUUUAAAAAGGAGAGAGAAUCCUCUUAGGCUGCAAACGUUGGAGCUGCAUUUUCGUUUCAAUAAACGCAGACCGAGCUGGUCCCUUUUUGUGGCUGGAUCUGCUUCGUGCAGAACUGCCCCAGCAUCUAGCAUGAGUAGAGAGUUCGGAAGGGGGCGGUUGCUGGAGCACUCUGCAUGGACUUACUGCUCUUCCCCUUGGUGAUGACGGGAGCGGAGUUAAGCCAGCACCGGGGGCUUUUGCAGAUCUCUGCCUCUUGCUGUCUCCGUUGCUGCGUAAAGGAGAAGUCUGGGCAAAGUGUGUUUAGCCCGCUGACCGCUGGAGAGUACCUAGCUGGCUCCGUCAAAGCUCCUGUCUGUGGGAAUUGGCCAAAGCUUUAUGAGGUGGCUUCGGAGGUCUGUCGUUGCACGUCGGCGGAGGCUGCCCUCUUGUGAAGAUGGGCAUUUUCUGCCAGCUGGUGGCUGCAGUCUUUCAGCUGGAUGUGUUUUCACCCCAACCCCGUUUUUGGGAGUGGGCACGGGGAGAUCAAAUAAGGUUUGGGAGAGCUGUAUGCCUCGGCCCUUGGUUUCUUUAUUAAAUAAAAGUUCUGUUGAGAGUU